AUGCCUGGACUUACGGUAAACAACAUCAGCGCCGCGCCUCGAAAGCGUGGUCGACGCGAAGAAGCCGGCGACGACAGCGAACAAGAGGAUGAGCUCGUGGAUGUUCGACAGGCAAGCUCUGAGCUGCGAAGCGAGCCACAGAGGAAACGCGCUCGUCUCUCGCAGCCGAAUGAUGUCCACAAGAAGUCUGCGCCGCCCAGAGCCGGGGCUAGGGCCAUUCGCGAACCUUCAAAUGCAUCCACGGAAGAAGACGGUGAUGUCUCGAUGGAAGAGGCAGCAGAUCGCUACGAUGAACCAGCAGCUACGCAAUAUGAAAUCAUGCGAGAUGCAGGCUUCAAACAUCUGGAGCAUGCCGACGAGGACGACCGGCGCGCCACUCAGAGGCUGCAACAGAAGAGCCUUGCCCGUCGAAGUAAUCGCGCUGGGGAUCUGAACCACGCUGCUGAGAACGGCAUCCUUGAAAGCAUCGAAUGCAUCAACUUCAUGUGCCACAAGAGACUACAUGUCGAGCUGGGCCCACUGCUCAACUUUAUUGUUGGUGAGAAUGGAAGCGGCAAAAGCGCGGUUCUCACCGCGAUAACCCUCUGCCUGGGCGCGAAAGCAAGCUCCACAAAUCGCGGCGGAAGCUUGAAGAACUUUAUCAAGGAGGGAGCAGAAAGCUCAGUGUUGAUUGUCAAGAUCAAAAACCAAGGCCAUGAUGCAUAUCAGCGCGACACUUACGGCGACGUCAUCAUCGUCGAAAGACACUUCAAUCGGAAUGGUGGGAGCGGCUUUCGCCUCAAAUCCCAGACAGGCAAGGUAAUAUCAGACAAGAAGUCCGAAGUGGACCAGAUCGUCGAGUAUUACUGUCUCCAGGUCGACAAUCCAUUGAAUAUUCUUUCUCAAGACAACGCACGGCAGUUUCUCAACCAGGCCUCGGCUAAGCUCAAAUACAAGUUCUUUCUCCAGGGCGUCCAGCUGCAACAGCUUGACGACGACUACCGCGUCAUCGAAGAGUACGCAACCUCGAAUGAACACAAAGAAGGCGACCUCGAGAUCAAGUUGGAACACGCGCAAAGGGAGUAUGAGAAGUCGAGAAGGGAGUAUGAAAUCUUCUUGCAAGCCGAGGACAUGCGCAAAGAGUGUCGCUUGCUGUCUCAAAAAGCGAUCUGGGCCCAGGUGGUUGAAGCCGAGCGCGAAGCAGAGCGAAACGAACGGAGAAUCGACCAGGCCGAUGGAGAGGUUGCGGACGCACAGCACGUGCUCACGCAGAGGACUCAAGAGCUAGAGGUCGUGGAUGACCAGCUGGCACAGGCCGAGGAAGCUCUGCGAGUCACCAAAGAAGACGGGGAGGUCCUCAAGACUAACGUGGAUAAGGCGCAACAGGAAGUUGGCGAUGCGCAAAAGGACCUUGAGAAAAUCCACAAAGACGAACGUGAUGCCCGAUCUCAGGCACAAAAUGCGUUGAACAGCGUCAAGGUAUAUCAGGACAAGAUACAGGUGGAAGAACAACGAUUGCAAGACUUGAACGGAGAUGCCCAUGCCCGCAAGGCUGAAGAGUUGGAGGCGGCCCAGGCCAAGUCCCGUGAAGUCGAGGCGGAGUCCGAAGAUGCCAGGCAGCGCAUCCCUAGUAUCAACAAGACCUUAGAGGCCGCAAACAAAGAGUCUCAAACUAUCGACAAGUACAUCGUCCAGAAGCGGGACGAUAUCAAAGCGACACAGAACAGGAUCAAGGAGCUGGAGCGAGGCCAAGCAUCGCUUUAUGAGGGGUACGAGCAACAGGUGCCGAACCUACUCAGGAUGAUCGAGCACGAUGCAAACUUUGAUAACAAGCCCAUCGGACCCAUCGGCGCCCACGUCCAGGUCAAGAAGCCCGUUUGGUCGCCCAUUUUGGAGAGAACGUUUGGGGAGACGCUGAAUGGAUUCAUAGUCACGAGCAAGCGCGACCAACAGCGGCUACGUGACAUGAUGAAGCGCUUGGGCUUGAACAGGUGUCCUAUCUUCAUUGGAAACAGCAGACCGAUUGACACCUCGAAGACAGAGCCCGAGGAGAAGUUCGACACGAUUUUGCGGAUCCUCAAGAUCGAUCAGCCACUCAUUCGGUCCCAACUGAUCAUCAAUCAUCGUAUUGAGCAGACCAUACUCGUUGAAACAAAGCAGGAUGCUGAUCGCAUCAUGGUGGUUGGCUCUGCACCUCCACGCAACGUUGCUGCCUGCAUUCAUCUCUUCAAAGAAAGGGGGUUUGGAUGGGGUGUGCGCGUUGUUGCUAAUGCAAAUAGGAUCAACUCCUCUCCGAUCCGCCCGCCAGAUCGGAACCAGAAGCCUCGUCUGCGGAGUGACUCCCUCCAAGAAACAUCUGUUCAAAAUGAGAGAAUGAACCAUCUCGAACUGGAGCUGAGAGAACUAGGGAAUCAGAAGCACCAGCAACAGCAGACUGUUCAGCAGUGCCGGCGGGAAUUGGCAGAAGCUAAGAAGACCGUGGACCAGAACAAACAGAGGUUACGAGAGAUCCAGGUGGAGAUCGAAGACAUUCAACGUGACAUUGACUCCUUCGAUGGGGCUGAUGGGCGGCUCGAGAUACUUCGCGAAGACCUGAAGAAGGCUCAGGACGAUCACGACUUCCACGGCGGUCAAUACGGUUCGAUUACUCUCAGAAAAGCAGAGCAGAAUGGCCGGGUCGAGGCCUUGAGAGGGGUCUUGAAGAGCGAGAAAAAAAACCUAAGAGAAUUCGAGGCGAGAUUGAAGAAGGCUGAAGAUAAAGUGAAGAGGUGCACCGACUCACGCAGCAUCUCAGUGCAAAAGAAGAACGAGGCCCAUGACAACCUGCAGAUGGCGCAAAACGAGAAGGCCAGGCUGGAGGGCAAGCGAGAGCGCCUGGAGGAGACAGUCCGCGGACAUACCGCAGAAGCAUCAGAAGCGUGUCCACAACGGGCCCACGUUGGUGAAGGAGAGACAUACGAAGCAAUAUUGACCAAGUAUCAGUCUUUGCGAAGGACUCUCAAAGAGCGCGAGCGCAAACGCGGCACGACUGACGAGCAGGUUAUAGCUCGAGCGAACACAGCCAAAGCAGACCUCGAGCAGCUCAAGAAGGAGAUAGACCUGGUCAGCUCGGCCAACAAGGGGUUCAAGAAUCUCCUUAGGAAUCGGCUGGAGAAGUGGAGAAUGUUCCAACGCUACAUCUCUUCGAACUCCCGCGCCAACUUCAUGUUCCUGCUCAGCGAGCGUGACUUCAGGGGCAGGCUCAUACUGGAUCAUGAGGCUCACACUCUCGAAGUACAAGUCGAGCCGGACAAGACUCGCAGAAAUGCUGCGGCUCGCAACACCAAGACACUCUCUGGAGGCGAGAAGUCUUUCUCUUCCAUUUGUUUGUUGCUGGCGAUAUGGGAAGCCAUGGGCUCACCACUCCGCUGCUUGGACGAGUUCGACGUCUUCAUGGACAACGUCAAUCGCGCCAUCAGCACGAACAUGCUGAUUUCCGCCGCGCGCAGCUCGAUCAGCCGGCAGUACAUACUCAUCACACCCAACGCCAUUGAGGGACGGGCGAGCUUGGACAAGGAUGUGAAGGUCACCAGGUUGACGGACCCCCGUCAAAGACGGCUUGCAGACCUUUAG